AUGGCCAGCCAUGUCAUUGAUUUGGAUCCUGACAUCGAGGAUGUGCCGCCUGCUGGAGUUGCGUCAACUCCUUACCAACGGCGCCCACCAUCACGGAGUGAGAUGACUCCCAUGAAUCCUCCGCGUCAGGCUGCCUCGGUGCAGCUUGAGUCUUUUGCAUUUGAGCAGCCGACCAAGCGGACCAAGCGCAGCAAUUCUGGCGCCGAACAGGGCUUCCAGCCAGCUUCCCUUCGACAGCACUUGGAGCACAAACAGAUCCAGGUGGAGGAGGACGAGUGCAAGUGGAAGCGGGCCAAAGCCGUACAGUUCAAAUGCCAGGCGGCAGAGGAUUCGCUCAGCCUUCUGUUGGUCUCCUUGGAGGAGCGCUUGCUGUUGCCGACUCCAGGAUUUGAGCAAGGCCCAGGUGCACCCAGCGGUCCCGUCUCCACGGGCGGAUCCGUCCGCACGGAGUGCCCUGGAUCCAAGCCGGUGCUGGACCUCCAUGGAGUGACCCGAGAAGGUGCUUCUGUACUCUUGCACGUCCAUGGCUUUCGACCCUACUUCUAUGCGACCAAGCCACAGGCUGAGGUGUCUCUGGAGCUUUGCCUCUCUGCUUUGCACCGUGAAUUGCGGAGUAAUGAUGGUGGCAUUGAGCUGCUGGAGGAGGUGGAACGCACGCCGUUGAUGAACUACCAUCCGAACUCCGAGAAGUUCAUUCGUGUGGUGAUGUCUAGCACAAAGAUGGUCAAUGCCUGCAAGUCAAAGCUGGAGAAGGGCAUCGUCUUGCCCAACGGCAUCACGUGGCAGUCGCAGGCCUUUGAAGUGGUCUCCAUCAAGGAACGCUUCCUGGUGGAUGUGGGUGCAGCUGGAGGUGGAUGGGUCGAGGUGCCCCAGGGCCGCUUCCGCCCACGCCCGAGCGGCGGCAGUCGAGCGCAGUUGGAGGCCGACACGCACUAUAGCUACUUGCUGGGCCAUGCAGCAGAAGGGCCUUGGCUUCAGCUGGCACCUUUGCGGAUGCUCUCCUUGCAUCUUCGCACCGGAACUGAAGGCCGGGUCUGUGCUGCUGCCUGCGCGCUGCGAACUCAUGGCCAAGAAGAAGAGUAUUCGGUGGCUUGGGUCGUCGGAGGCAGAGCGGAAUUCAUCUCAACUCGCAUGCGCAUGGUGGCCUCAGAGGUGGAUCUACUGGAGCACCUGCGAGACUUCAUCGUGGAGGCUGACCCCGACAUCAUCCUGGGCUACGAUCUUUUGAAUGGCCAUUUGAACUCUGCCAUCUCCCGUGCCAAUGCACUGAAGAUCGGUGCGAAGCGAGGAGUGAAGGGAGCCCUUUGUUUGGGCCGUUUGAAAGAUGUGCCUUCAAGGGUCAAGAACGCCACCUUCGAGACCCGUCAGCAAGGCAAGCAGGAAACGAAAGACAUCAACGUGGAUGGCCGGCUGCUGUUCGACCUUCUGCCUGUCAUGGAGAGAGAACACAAACUCAGCUCCUACACGCUCUCUGCCCUGGCUUUGCACUUCCUGAAAGAGUCCAGGAUGGAGCUCAGCAGCAGCGAUCUCGAGCGACUGAGCACGGAGGAGCCGCGCGUGCUGGGCGACCUGGUGCAGCGCGACGCAGGUUUGGCCCUGCGGCUUUUCAGCAAUCAGCACUGCCUCUUUCGAUACGUGGAGAUGGCGCGUGUCACGGGCGUGCCGAUGGAAUUUCUGCUGACCAGAGGCCAAAGCGUCAAAGUGCUCUCCAUGCUGCUGCGUAAGGCUCGAGCCUUUGGCUAUGUGCUCCCCCCAUCGAGCCGGCCCAGCAGUGGCUUGGAGGAGGGGAGCAACACCUAUGAGGGCGGUGCAGUGCUCGAGCCGGAGACCGGCUACUACGAUGAGCCGGUGGUGACGUUGGACUUUGCCUCCCUUUAUCCCUCCAUCAUGCAGAAGCACAACCUCUGCUACAGCACCUUGCUUCACGGCCCAGCGCCCGAGGGGAAGGAGGGCGAGCAAAGCCACGAGGUGGUGCCCGGCUUGGGCCAUCGCUUUGUCACUUCAAAGGUCCGCCGCGGCUUGGUGCCCAUGGUCUUGGAGGAGCUUUUAACCGCCAGGGCCAAGGCGAAGAAGGAACUGAAGGCUCUGGGCCAAGGAGAUCCACAACUUCGGGCUGUCCUGGAUGGUCGGCAGUUGGCCUUGAAGAUCUCGGCGAACUCCGUCUAUGGCUUCACAGGCAUGUCGGUGGGUGCCCUACCCUGCCAAGCCAUCGCGGCCUCUGUGACGGCCUAUGGACGUCAGAUGAUCGAAGCAGCCAAGGAACUGGUGGAAUCCAAGAUGUGCAAAGCCAUGGGCCAUUGCUUCGACACGAGGGUCAUCUACGGCGAUACCGAUUCAGUGAUGCUGACUCUAGGAGGCACUGGGGGCACUGCCAGCAUGGAAGAUGCCUUUGCAGUUGGAAAGGAGGCGUGCGCAGUCGUUUUGUGCCAUCCUCCGCGCACCGGUCAAGCCAUUUGUGAAGGUCUACUUUCCCUUCCUCCUGAUGAACAAGAAACGCUAUGCGGGGCUCUCCUUCGGCUCGGCGGAGGAGAAAGGGAAGUUGGACUUUAA